AUGAGUUGCUUGCCAAAUCCGUGGCCACCAAACUACGAUUGCUAUCAGCGGAUAAUUUUAGUGUUAAGUUUGACGUGGUUUCUGGCUAUUAUGCAACCGUAUGGUUUGCGGUUUCGGUCUUACGUUAUGGGAUACUAUCAUCCAGAUAUAGCUAGCACAAGAGCAGUGUGGCUGCAUAACCAUAUAAUACGCCGGAGAAUUAGUUUUGUCAAAUUUGCAAGACGAUUUCUGCGCAGGAAGUUCGGCUUAAGUGGCGGAGAAGGUGCUAYAGAUACAUCCUUCUUGGAUUUUAUCUAUUCUAAGUAUCCGUUCUUUGAUCGCAUAUGGAGUCGUAAAAAGCAGACAGUAUGCCUACUAUGUGGUUACAAAGCAAAUAGUAGAGACUUCAAAUCGGGUGAAAUGGUAUUGUGUGCCAAUAACAACUGUAAAGGCGUGUAUUGUUCAAAAUGUUUCACAGAUAUUGAUAACAUAUGCACUUUGUGCAGUAAUCCUAUCCAUUAUGGAGAUAUAACAGACAUUAGUGAAGAAAAAGACAGUUCUUCGGAUGAAACUGAGAUGAACGUUGUAAAAUUAUCAGAGCACAAAAUACCAGCGAAGAAGAUURGGAAACGAAAACGUACGGUAACGUGGGCCAAAACAAAAAUAUCUUCAGUUUUUAGUAAAGAUAGCUCAUCUGGUGAGGAAGGCGAUAUCAGCGAUGAGAGAUCAAGCGUAUGUACAAACAGUACAUGUAGCUCUGUGUCGAACUCCUAUGAACAUGAUCCUAACUAUGUGAACGCGGAUUUGAAGUACAGGACGUUAAUAGUAGAGAGUCAAGAUGGUAUCUGA